AAACGUAAUGCAAGAGGGCGUCAUCUUUCAAAAUGGCUGCGCCCAUGAGUGUUUUCAAAUUGGUCAGAAGCGAUCUGAAAUUGAUUCGUUUCUGCAUUGCUUCGUCCCAGAAACCUACUAGUAAUCACAAUGGGGUAAUAAGCGACAGUUUAUGCACCAACAAGGUUGCCGAAAUCGAAAGACACUGGUCAAUUGGCGCCAAAAUCAAUGACAUUUGUGAAAGCAGGCCUACGACACGUUGGAAUCACACGUUACGUAAGAUCUGUUCAACCGGCGGUAGUUGGCAAACGUCAAGGACGAAAGUGUCGAUCAGCCACCGACGCACGUUUUCGACUUACGCAUUUAAUCCUCAAGAUGGGCAUCCAGGGAUAUCGGGUGGUACUACUGGUAGAAAUGUGUUGUCCGUCGGGAAGCAGUCUCUACAGCCUGCUCAUUUCAGACUCUAUUGUACCGUAUCGAGGACUUGCUGGAACUGUCAUGCGUUGACUGAGUUGGUGGAUAAAAGCGAGGUGCAGUUCUUCUGUGAUGCGUGUAAUGCUAUACAACCAUUGAAUCCAGAUUCCAACUUCUUUCAGACAAUGCAAUGUGAUGAGACAUUUGAUCUUGAUACUGCAAAGUUGAGGCAGACAUUUCGGAAUCUGCAAAGAAAACUGCACCCUGACAAGUUCAGCGUCAUGUCAAAGGAGGAGCAAGAUUAUUCAGCCAUGCAGUCGUCAGAAGUCAACAAAGCAUACAGCACCUUGCUGAAGCCACUCUCCAGGGGACUCUACUUGCUGGAGUUGAAUGGUCUGACGAUCGAAGAAGGCGAUAGCGGGAUUGAAGCGGAGUUCUUGAUGGAAGUAAUGGACACCAAUGAGACGCUCGCAGAGACGGAAGAGGAGGCCACAGUCAGACGGAUAGGAGAGGAAAAUGCUGUGAAACUUGAAUUUUUCCUGAAGAACUUGUCACAGGCCUUCUCUGAAAGGAACUAUCCCCUGGCCAGGGAGAUCUUGAUGAGGCUGAAAUACUUCUCCAACAUUGACGACAAGGUGAAGGACCGACUGGAGAAAGACUUUUGAGAAAACAGAGCAAACCUAGUUGUGUCAGACUUGUAAUUGAGGCAAUCACAUGGCAAUCACAAGUCAGAUCACUAGUCAAUCACAAGCCAAUCGCAAGUCAAUCACAAGUCAAU